AUGGAGGACCCCUGUCUUUCUACGCAGCUUAUUGAUGGAGAUGGUGUUUUCAAUGUUUCUGGAUUGGAGAGUUUCAUGAAGGAAGUUAAAUUGGCCGAAUGUGGGCUCUCAUACGCUGUUGUAUCAAUAAUGGGCCCACAGAGUAGUGGAAAAAGUACACUUUUGAAUCAUCUUUUCCGCACCAAUUUUAGGGAGAUGGAUGCUUUCAGAGGAAGGUCACAGACAACCAAAGGUAUAUGGAUGGCGAAGGCCCAGAAUAUUGAACCGUGCACCCUUGUAAUGGAUUUGGAAGGCACUGAUGGAAGAGAGAGGGGAGAGGAUGACACAGCCUUUGAGAAGCAGAGUGCAUUAUUUGCUUUGGCUGUUUCGGAUAUUGUGUUGAUCAAUAUGUGGUGUCAUGAUAUUGGGAGAGAACAGGCUGCGAACAAGCCUCUUUUGAAGACUGUUUUCCAGGUCAUGAUGAGAUUAUUCAGUCCUCGCAAAACAACAAUGCUAUUUGUUAUUCGUGACAAUAAACAGACACCUUUGGAAAAUCUUGAACCAAUUUUAAGAGAAGAUAUUCAGAAGAUAUGGGAUGGUGUUCCUAAACCCCAUGCCCAUAAAGAUACUCCACUCAGUGAAUUUUUCAAUGUGCAAGUGGUGGCCCUUAACAGUUAUGAGGAAAAGGAAGAGUUAUUUAGAGAGCAGGUUUCCAACUUGAGAGAUAGGUUUCAACAGUCUAUUGCUCCUGGUGGACUUGCUGGAGAUCGGCGUGGUGUUGUUCCAGCAUCAGGUUUUUCAUUUAGUGCUCAGCAAUUUUGGAAGGUUAUCAAGGAGAACAAAGACCUUGACCUACCUGCUCAUAAAGUUAUGGUGGCUACUGUGCGUUGUGAAGAAAUCGGUCAUGAGAAAGUUGCCACUUUUACAGCUGAUGAGGAAUGGCAACAAUUUGAGGAGGCUGUUCAAAGUGACUAUGUACCAGGUUUCGGGAAGAAAAUCAGCAGCCUGCUUGAUAGAUGUUUAUCAGAAUAUGACAUGGAGGCUAUUUAUUUUGAUGAAGGUGUCAGAACAUCAAAAAGACAUCAACUUGAGUCUAAACUCUUGCAGCUUGUCAAUCCUGCGUACCAAUCCCUUCUUGGUCAUUUACGGACUAGAACUUUAGAAGCAUUCAAAGAGUCCUUUGAUAAGGCCGUUGAAAAGGAGGGAUUUGCUGUUGCUGCUCGCGAUUCUACCCAGAUUUUCUUGGAGAAGUUUGAUAAAGGAUCUGAAGAUGCUACCAUUCAACAAGUGAAUUGGGAUCCCUCGAAAGUUAAGGAUAAGCUUAAGCGUGACAUUGAGGCUCAUGUGGUGUCAGUUCGUGCUACAAAGCUUUCUGAACUUUGUGCCACAUAUGAGGGCAAACUUACCAAAGCUCUUGCAGAACCUGUUGAAGCUCUUCUAGAUUCAGCCAGUGAAGACACCUGGCCAGCUAUUAGAAAGCUUCUUCAGCGUGAGACAAAAGCCGCCGUUUCAGGUCUUGAAUCUGCUAUUUCAACUUUUGAGCUUGAUGAAGCUACUGAGAAAGAAUUGCUCUUGAGGCUGGAGAAUCACGGAAGGAGCGUUGUUGAAUCAAAGGCAAGAGAAGAAGCUGCAAGGAUCUUGAUCCGCAUGAAGGACAGGUUCUCGACGUUAUUCAGUCGUGAUGCCGACUCGAUGCCAAGAGUAUGGACAGGAAAGGAAGACAUCAAAGCAAUUACUAAAACUGCUCGUUCAGCUUCCAUGAAGUUGCUUUCUACGAUGGCUGCAAUUCGGUUGGAAGAAGAUGGUGACAACAUUGAUACCACUCUUUCCCUUGCUCUAGUAGAUGCUGCGAGGCCAGGGACUACAGAUAGAAGUAUUCAAUCGCUUGAUCCACUCGCCUCCAGUUCAUGGGAAAGGGUUCCAGAGGAGAGAACUUUAAUCUCCCCUGUCCAGUGCAAGUCUCUGUGGAGGCAAUUUAAAGCUGAAACUGAGUAUACCGUCACUCAAGCCAUAGCUGCUCAGGAAGCAAACAAGAGGAACAACAACUGGCUGCCUCCUCCAUGGGCGCUCGCUGCGAUGGCUGUCCUUGGUUUCAAUGAGUUCAUGACAUUACUGAGGAACCCAUUUUACCUGGCCGUCAUGUUUGUAGUUUUCCUAGUCGGGAAAGCCAUGUGGGUACAACUAGACAUUGCCAAUGAAUUCCGAAAUGGAUUUCUUCCAGCUCUCCUUUCGCUGUCGACAAAAUUUGUUCCGACAAUUAUGAACAUUCUGAAGAGACUAGCUGAUGAGGGGGCAGCGCCCGCAGCCCCAGAGAGGCAGAGAGAGACGGAGCUCCAACCAAGGAAUAAUAGUUCAAACAGCAACGUGACAUCAGCAGGUUCCUCCAGCUUAACCUCUUCAGAGAAUGGACCUGAAUAUUCAAGCCCGGUAGCACAAUGA